AUGGCGCAAAUCUCAGAAUCGUAUGAAUGGAUACCUAGACAUAUAUGCAAAAUAACCGGAGUGACAUGCAGUUGCGAAGCUCGCGACAUCUUCUGGUGUCAGCAUGUCGUGGCGCUGGCGUUAUAUCGUAUCAGAAAUGCCGACUCCGUCAGGCUCAGGGUGCCUAUAUCAGAAACUUUACUGCAAAUGGACCGACAGCAGUUACAGAAGUUCGUUCAGUAUCUGAUAGCAGAACACCACACAGAAGUGCUGCCAACAGCGCAGCGGCUCGCCGACGAGGUCCUACAGGCCAGAUCGGCGAUCAACAGGAUCUGUGGAGCUCCAGACCCUACCGCUGGGCCUCCACCGGAUGCUCAUCACGCAUGGCACUUGGAUGAGCAGCAGGUCUGCGAACAAGUGCGAGCUUAUUUGUUACAGGGGACAUACUACAAUGCUAAUAAACAACUCAACUCAUUAUUUUCUAAGGUUAGAGAAAUGCUCCGAGCUCAAGAUUCCAAUGGCCCACGAAUGCUGAUGCUGAUGACUGAACAGUUCCUAUCGGAUCCUCGACUACUUCUAUGGAGGAACCAGAACACUCCUAUGACAGAGAAGUGUAGGCAGCUUUGGGAACAAUUAGGGGCGUUAUGGGUCAGUAUAGUGCUGGACCCUGGCAGCAAUAAACAUCAUAGGAUACAAUGGAGACAUUUAUUAGAAAAAUGGUCAGCGGUUGAAGUUUGUCCUACUGAAGAUCCUGACCACAGAUCAUUUCCAUUGUACGCGAGAGAAAGGGAAAGAAACGAAAGAGAUCGUGACAGAGAUCACAGAGACAGGGACAGAGAAAGACACCGUGACCGCGACGAGCGGGACAGAGAAAGACUGCGCGAACGGGAGGAGAGAGACAGAGAAAGACAUAGAGAACGACAGAGAAGAGAAUUACAUUCCCAUUCGGAGAGUUCUGAUGAAGAAUCUAGGCCUAAUAAUUAUGAACGUGAAUAUAGAAGAGCGAGUAAGAGAUUAAGACUACACAACCAAAGAUCCGCGCCCCCACUCACACCACGAACUGUCUUCCAUAAGGCGCUGGAUGCUGUCGACAUAUCAUGGGAGAAUGAGCAUCUGAAGAAUAUCCUAGGUAGCGAUGAAUACUGCGACCCCGACAAGCCGGAGAAACCCGGCAGUUCGACUAGCACCACGCUACAGCCUUACCCCAAGUUUAACGACCUUGGACAGCCCUUAUGGCAUGAGCACCUGCCUGUGGUGGGCGCUCGGAUCGAGGCGCUGCGCGCGCACGGCCGCGCCCCCGCCGCGCUCCGCCUCGCCGUCAGCGCCGCCAGGGCCAUGCGACAUCGACAGGAGGUGUCGCAGGCGCGCUGGGCGGAGGCGGGCGGUGGCGAGGCGUCGGGCUCGUCGGGCGAGUGCGGCGGAGCGGACGCGUGCGCGGGCGCGUGCACGGACCGCGCGCGCGUGGCGCAAGUCACGGCGCACAUGGACUUCGGCGCCUGCCUCGGCUCCAGCGCCACAUGCGCGCUCUCGCACUCGCACCGCUGCAUCGGCAGAGACAGCAGAUGUUGGACGGGCUGGCCCCUAGAAGCGAUCUGGUGUGUCUACGAGUGUCUUGCGGACGCUUGUCUGGCACCGGACGACCAACGCGCAUCACCAAGACUUCACACAGCAUACUUAGACGAGGAGCCUAAUACAGGCCUACCGCCUAGGUACCAACAUGUCCCAGUAGCAGGAAGUAAAAAUCCUGAAGAAACUUACCUGGCACUAGCGUUGGAGGCCGCGCUCCUCGGUCUGGGUGUAGCGAGGACGUUACCUAGAGGCCUAUAUGCUCAGGAACGACAUUGUAAACAGGAGGAGCGACUGAUCGCUCAGCUGCAGAGGGUGGAGGGCGAGGCGGCGGCGGGCGUGUGUGCGCGUGCGGCUAGCGCGCUGCUGGCGGGCGGGCCUGCCUCGUGCCUCGGCGCGCACGCGCACCCGCGCGCCGCGCCCGCGCACACCUUCGCGCGCUUCCUGUUCCUCGCGCUGCUGCCCGCGCACCCCGACCUGGCCUACCGAGUCGGACUUCGGGCUAUGAGACUGCCGAUGGUAGAAGAAGCAUAUGCGCUAGACGGCGCGGGUGGGGCCGCCGGGGCGGGCGCGGCCGGCGCCUGGCACACGCUGCAGCACGCCGAGCAGCAGCAAGCUGCACUCGCUAGUGCGCUGUUAGGCGCGGCCCGCGGCAACCCGGGGCGGUUGCGGCUGGCGCUGGGCGCGGCGCAGCGCCACGUGCGGUCGGCGGCGCAGCUGUUCCGCCUGGCGCAGGACGCGCUGCGCCACGCCGCGCCGCCCGCCGCGCCGCACCACCACCGCGACCUGCUCGCCGCCGCCUUCGAGCUCGGCCUGCAGGUUCUGAGAAUGACGCUGUCGUCAGUGAACUGGCGACGGAGAGAGAUGGUCCGUUGGCUCGUGACGUGUGCCACUGAGUUGGGCCUUGAUGCGCUGCUCUCCAUCAUGCAAAACUGGUACGAGUUGUUCACGCCAACAGAGGCGACAGGACCGGUAGCGGCGGCGGCCAUGUCUCAUCAGACCGCGUUGCGGCUGGGACUCAGCUUCGACCAACAGGAGAAGCUCAGUGCUUGCGCUAGAACACUCGCGUUGCAAUGUGCAGCCAAGGACCCACCGGGGUGCGCGCUGAGCGCGCUGUCGGUGUGCGAGGGCUCGGCGGGCGCGUUCGAGGCGGCGUGCGCGGCCGUGGGCGGCGCUGCUGCUCGGGGCGCGCUGGCGUCCAGCCAGCUCUUCGCCGUGGCGCGCUACAUGGAGCAGCGCGGCCAGCCCGCGCGCGCCAUGCGCCUCGCCACGCUCGCCAUGCGCAACCUGCACUUACACUACAACCAGGACAGCCACCCGGCGAUCGCAGACAUCCACUGGGCGGUGGCGCUGGCGCACUCACUGGGCCGCGCCGAGCUGCAGGCGAUGUUGCCGCUGCUCGUUAAAAACGUGCAGUGCGCGCCUGUACUUUCGGACGUGCUGCGGCGCUGCUGCGUGGCGGCGGCGGGCUGCUCGCGGUCGCGCGGCGCGCCGCGGCCGCCCACGCCGCUGCGGCCGCUGCUGGAGGCCGCGCUGCGCGCCUACGCCUCCACCACGCACGCGCGCCUCGCGCACAUCUCGCCCAGGCACUAUGCGGACUUCGUCGACUUCCUCGGCAAAGCCCGCGACACUUUCGCGCUAGCGCCCGACGGCCCCCACCAAUUCGCGGCGCUACUCCAAGAAAUCAAACUCAAAUAUAAAGGCAAAAAGAAACUCAUGUUCCUUGUCAAAGAGAGAUUCGGAUGA